AUGGCAGAUAAAAGCAAAAAGGGGGGGAAGGGGAAGGGGAAGGAGGAGGAGAAGGAGAAGAAGGAGGAGGAAAAGAAGGAAGAACCGCCGCCCAAGCCCAAAUCCGUGCAGCCCAAGGACGAAGUGGGCACGCGGAAGGGGUGCCGCCGCUACAAGUGGGAGUUGAAGGACAGCAACAAGGAGUUCUGGGUGAUGGGGCACGCCGAGGUCAAGCUCCUGAGCGUGGGCUGCCUGAUCGCUGCGCUCGUCAUGUUCACCGGGACCGUGGUGCACCCGCUCCUCUCGCUCAUGAUCACCAUGGAAAUGUCCAUCUUCCUCUUCUUCAUCAUCGUCUACACCUUCGCCAUCAACAGAUACAUGCCCUUCAUCCUGUGGCCCAUCACUGACCUUCUCAACGACCUGUUCGCCACCGCUUUCCUGGCAGGCGCUGUGGCCUUUGCUGUGCAAUCUCGCCAAACCAUGCCAAUGAACUACUUUGUUGCUGUGGUCCUUAUUGGUUUGGCUGCAUUUUUCCCUUUAAUCGAUAUAUGCCUUCAAAGAAAACACUUCAGAGGCAAGAAGGUCAAAAAGAAUGUGCUGGUUCCUCCUCAAAAAAUGGCAGAUGCUCCAAAGGAAGAGCCAAAAGCGGAGGCGGCAAAGCCAAAGGACGACAAAAAGGGAAAGCCGGCGCCGGCGCCAGCAGCAGCACCAGCGGGAGGAGCAGCACCAGCGGGAGGAGCAGCACCGGCAGGAGCAGCAUCAGCAAAGCCAAGCAAGAAAUGACACCAAGGAGAAGCCGGUGGUCAGACGUGGCCGUGUAUUUUACAACGAAGCAGAGUCCCGCUGUCUUCCUUGUCUUCUUUCUCGAUGAUUUUCUUGUCCACUUAAAUAACCACUUCUGCUCGGAAAAGAAAUUCUCUUCAGAUGGAUUUUUUGUUCCUGCAAACAACGUUUACCGAAAGUUUUGGUGCCGUGAGGGGCUUGGGGGACCAGCAUGUGGGUGACGCCGGCUGUCAACGCUGACCAGCCAAAGAGGCCAGAGGAAAAGGAGAGGACAGAAAACAAAAGGAGGCCUUUUUUUCAUGUUAUUUUUUAUUUUUAUUUAUUUUAGAGAGGAAGAGAGAGACCCUAGGUCGGGGCACAA